GAAAAAACAGAAUGCCCUGGGCCCAGUUCUGGCCCCUGGGAACUUGGCAAGAGGCUAACUGAAAAACUCGAGAAACCGCGAGAUAUCGUUACACUUCGGGUUUCAUUUUUUCCCCCUCACUCACAGUCUCUCAACCCUCAAAUUUAGCCAAAAAAGGACUGAAAAUCCAUUAAGCCAUGAGCACGACGCCACAAGGAAUUCACUCGCUAGCCUUCAGGGUAAUGCGGCUUUGCAAGCCGUCGUUCCACGUCGAACCUCCUUUCCGUCUCGAUCCUUCCGAUCUCUUCGUCGGCGAGGACAUCUUCGACGAUCCACUCGCCGCUUCUAACCUCUCUCCACUCUUAUCUAGCCACGUCAACAAGUCCACCGACUCCUCCGAUAUGACCUUUGCCAAUAGAUUCCUCCUCCACCACCCUUCCGAUGCAAUGGGCUUCUCUGGCCUCCUCGUCCUCCCUCAAUCCUUCGGGGCGAUUUACUUAGGAGAGACUUUCUGCAGCUAUAUCAGCAUUAAUAACAGCUCAAAUUUUGAAGUUAAGGACGUCAUUAUUAAGGCAGAAAUUCAAACAGAGAGGGAGAGAAUCCUCCUCUUGGAUACAUCAAAAUCACCCGUUGGAACCAUACAUGCAGGAGGGCAUUAUGAUUUUAUUGUGGAACAUGAUGUCAAGGAACUUGGAGCUUAUACGAUGGUUUGCACCGCGUUGUACAAUGAUGGUGAUGGUGAACGAAAAUAUCUUCCACAGUUUUUCAAGUUUGUUGUUGCGAACCCAUUAUCAGUUAGGACAAAGGUCCGCACUGUCAAGGAAACUACCUAUUUAGAAGCUUGCAUAGAGAAUCAUACAAAAUCAAACCUUUAUGUGGACCAAGUUGAGUUUGAACCAGCUCCUUAUUGGACUGCUAAAAUACUAAAAGCUGAUGAGCUCUAUCCUGCAGAUAACUCGUCAACUGGAGAGAUAGUUAAGCCACCUAUUCUUGUCAGAUCUGGUGGGGGAAUUCACAAUUACCUUUAUCAAAUGAAAAUUUCUUCACCUGGUUCUGAACAAGUGAAGGCAAAGAGGAGUAGUAUCCUUGGUAAACUUCAGAUAUCGUGGCGUACAAAUUUGGGUGAACCAGGCCGCUUGCAAACACAACAAAUUCUUGGCACUCCUAGUAGUUGCAAAGAGAUUGAGCUGCACGUUCUGGGGAUACCAUCUUUAAUCAUUUUGGAUAAGCCCUUCUCUGUACAUCUGAAUCUCACAAACCAUACAGACAGAGAGUUGGGCCCAUUUGAGGUCUGGUUAUCAAAAAAUAGUGCACACGAGAAGUUUGUUAUGUUCAAUGGUCUUCAGACAAUGGCAUUACCAGCAGUGGAGGCAUUCGGUUCCACUGAUUUCCAUUUGAACCUGGUUGCAACUAAACUCGGAGUCCAGAGAAUUAGUGGACUUAUAGUGUUUGACACAAUAGAGAAAAAAACUUUUGAACCUUUGGCAGAUGUGGAGAUCUUCGUGGAGUCAGAUUGAUUUAUUAAGUAGUUCUCAUUUGUCAGGGCUUGAUGAAAGGUUGAACCAUCUCUCAACUUAACAAAAAGGUGUAUUUGAUGUAAUGGCAUCAAUUAGAUUGCGCAGCGAUGAAGCAGACAGCAAAAUAGUUAAUUACCACUCUUGCUUCCCUAUGGUCAAUUACAAAAGGUCAUAUUUUUGCAAUCUUCAUAUGAUCAAAUGCUGAGCUGCAUCAUUUAUUAGAUGAUAAAAAACUCUUCCAUGCAUUUCAGUUAUCAAGCCAUGUUAGGAUUUCUUUUCUAAUUUUUUUUCAUUUUAUUUAUCAAACAUGCCUUUUACAAGGCAUUUUACAAUUUCAUAAACGAGGAAAUAAACACCCCCCCCCAAAAAAAAAAAAA